GUGUCACUUCUGCGUAUUCAGCCGUUAAAUUAUAUACAAUGUUUAUGAGUUUUUUCCUAUGUAAACUAAAUACACCUUGUAUCUUCGAAGUUCAUUAGUUAAAGUAUGAAAAUGGUAUCAUUCACUUUAAAAACUGGGGUGUUCCUUGGAAUCAUAGUGGUAUUGGUGAAUUCAACAAGUAUUCAAAGUAAUAGUGGAUCCUACACCAAAAUUCCAAUAGAUUGUGGGGAUAUUGAUAUUAAAAAAGGAAGUGGUGUGUACAUGAUUUACCCGAGAGGCUCAUUAGAUGGCUUCAAUGUAUAUUGCAAUAUGAAGGUAGAAAAUGUAGGUGGUGGAUGGACGGUAUUCCAAAGACGAUUAAAUGGUGCAGUUGAUUUUUACAGAGGAUGGGAUGAUUAUAAAACUGGAUUUGGUACUCUUGAGGAAGAACAUUGGCUUGCUAGCAACGAAAAUCUUCAUAUUCUGACCUCCCAAGCCGACUAUCAGCUAUUAAUAACAAUGCAAGAUUUUACAAAUCGCACUGGAUACGCUAAAUAUACAAACUUUAACAUUGAUGAUGAAGCUGCGAAAUAUAAGAUGACAUGCUCAUCCUAUAAUGGCAACGUUGGCGAUUCAUUGGCUAGACAAAAUGGGCAGAAUUUUACUACUAAAGAUCAAGAUAAUGACCAGUAUGGACACAACUGUGCUAAAUCUUUUAAAGGGGCCUGGUGGUACAAAGACUGCCAUUCGUCAAACUUAAAUGGACAGUAUCUUAGCGGAACACACACUUCUUUUGCUGAUGGUGUAAACUGGGAAACUUGGAAAGGUUAUCACUACUCUCUCAAAGCGACACUGAUGAUGAUACGUAGAAAGAAAUGAAUAUUAUUCGCUAAACAUCCUCUGUAUCGGAGUACUGUUUUUAAGUUACAUUUGUUUUUUUUUUAUUUCAUAACAAGUACCUGAUUUUGAUACUUUCUGUUAAUUUGGUCGCAGAUAUUAUUGAAAAAUCACUCAUUGGUUAUAAUUAUUGUGUUAAAUAUGAUAUGAUUUACAGGAACAUUGGACUGCUCAUGCACGGCUUCACUAAAUUAUAUGUUUAAGUACGUUAAAAAAAAAUCAAAUUUCCUUUUCUUAUUACUAAUUAUCCUUGGUUAUCUAGAAACAUGAAUUAUAUCUGUACUUUAAUUGUGGAAAAUGAACAGUUUCUAAAUCAAAAGCGCAUUCAGCAAUUAUAUUUUUGUUCUUUGGAAAAAGAUAACAAUUUAUUUUACUGGUAACAGAAUAAGCGUGGGUUAAGGAAAUAAGUUUGGCUUAUGUACAUAAUAAUUACAAUAUGCAACAGUGUUUGGGGUAACCGAGGAUCUUUACGUCAUACUUAAUGAACCAAAGUAUACAAUGAAAUCAAAUCAAAAGGAAAAGUUUUUUUUUAAUAUCUUUACUGGUUUUAACUGCAUCAAAUUUUCCCAACCACUGGUGCCCACAUGGUCUAAACAAAAUACUGCUUUGUUUAGUAAGGGCUUGGAAGAAGAUGUCAAACGCUAUAACCUACAUAUAUGUAUGCUUACCCUACGACGUAAAGUAUCUUUACAAAGCUAACGUAAGGUAGAAAACUUUACAUUAUUCUGUAUACGUCUUGUUUGUUUUAUUUUCCAUUUUUAUCAAUAUUUAUAGUUAAAUGACCUUAUGAAUAUAGAUCCAACUUUGAUAAGCUUUGACAUCGUUUUCUCUGUUAGGCCAGGUUCUCUGUUAGUAGAAGGUCAACGUUUACAGAAUUUGUCAUUAAUAAAGGCAAAAGUAGUAUACCGCUGUUCAAAAGUCAUAAAUCGAUAGAGAGAAAACAAAUCCGGGUUACAAAUUAAAACCGAGGGAAACACAUCAACUAUAAGAGGAAAACAACGGAACAACAGAAACACUGAAGUGCAACAAAAACAAACGCCAAUGCAACAUACAUAGAAACGAACUAUUUGAUAACAACUGCCAUAUUCCUGACUUGGUACAGGACAUUUUAAGAAAAAAAUGGUGGGUUGAACCUGGUUUUAUGGCUAGCCAAACCUCCCUCUUAUAUGGUAAUGUUAAAAAUACCGUUAAAAUGACAACAUUACGUGACAGGAAUACAGUACAAAUAAAUGCAAGAACACUCAGGAAAGAGAAAUACAUAAAUAAAUAAUAUAAUAGUACAUUUCGACAUGUAAACCACAGAAUAACAACGAACACCUAAAAUUAAUUUACGACAGUACACAAGUACAGCAUAAUAGAAUUAUGAACUGUGCGUCACACGAAUGUACACAGAAAUGUCAUAAAAAGUCAUUAUUCUGAUCGCGUCCUUAUUUUAGUUAGACGCACCUUACGUUUUUGCCCUAGGAAAAUACAGAUUUUUCGUACAAAAAAAAUACAAUCUCUAGCGAUUGACAAAAGUUAGGCAUAAAAACUACAGAGUGGGGAAUUUAUAUCAUAUUCGUUUUUCUAUAUAAAUAACAAAUCAAAUCCCAUCAUUUAUCUCCUGUCAUUCAGACGAAUUUGCAGCCAAUUUUACUGGGAUAUAUGUGUAUGUUGAGAUAAUGUUUGAUAGAGUCUUAACAUGCGGCCUCAAAAUUUAAUGAGUUGGAUACUUUUCAUGUUACCAUAACCUUUUUAUCAUUGUAUAAUGAAAUUAUUUUUUUUCUAUCCUAAUAAAUAAAUUGAAAUAUA